AUGGUUUUUCUUCGCGACGCGGUUGCCCUGGCGGCACUUUCUCUCGCGACCUCCGUCCUCGGUCUGCCGACUGAGUUGACUUCUCGGGCCGAUUCGACCAACCUGUGCGGCGUGCAGGACUAUAAGAUUCUCAUGGGAACUCCCUGGAUCGUGUACAACAUGCUCUACAACAAGGACCAGAUGGUCGGCACCCAGUGCACUGGGUAUGACAGCACUAGCACGUCCAGCAGCGGAACCAAGGAGAUUCACUGGAACAGUAAGACGGAUAUCGAUUAUGUCAAGGCCACGGACAAUGUCCCCAAGGGAUACUCGUUCGUCGGGCUCACUCAGAACCUCGAGACCAAGCUGUCUGCCAUCGACUCGAUCCCCGCGUCGUACAGCUGGACGAAGACGAACACCACUGCUUAUAAGGGCAAUGUCUGCUUCGAUUUCAUGACCAACGACAAGAAGGGCGACUCGACUUCCUCGUCCUCCCGCGAGCUGAUGCUGUGGCUGCAGUAUGAGGGCGGCCAGCUCCCCAUUGGCUGGGCCAACGGUGCCGUUGCCACCGUCGACGACCUGUUUGGCACCUCCUGGAAGCUGUAUGAGGAUGUCAACGAGGACACUGGCAUCACCGUUAGCACCUUGAUGCCCGAGAAGCAGUUCGAGGGCGAGUUCACCGGUGACCUCAAGGACUGGCUACUUGCGCUUUCCAAGCUGGACCGCUUCACUACCUCCACUUAUGUCAAUGUUGGAAAUGCUGGAACCGAAUUCUUCUACGGUAACUCGGUCAUGAAAUCCACUCUUUCUUUGCAGAUUGAUCUUUAA